AGAUGGGAAGAAAUGGAGACUUUUGGAAACAGUGAUGUAGGCAUCCAUACUCCCCUCCUGAUUGGAUCUCAUCAGUCACGACUCGCCGGCCAGAGAGCUUUGUGGAUUGAACCAGCAGCUCCGGGACCAGAACGCCUGAAGAUCCAGUGACGAGCAAAAUGCCAGAAAACUAUCUAGAGUCUUGCAGCUUCUGAAUCAUGGGGAAUGUUGAGAGUCAGCAUGGGGACCACGGCCUCUACGGUAACGAGCGUGGCUAUUUGUCACGGAAGCAGAUGUCUCGGUCUCUCCGUAUCUCCAACAAGCAGUCCAGCAGGCGCUCUCGACACGCCUCAUCCGGGAAGAUAGAGCACCGGAACUCUGAGACGAGCACGCGUUCCAGCAGCACUCCCAGCAUCCCACAGUCCCUGGCUGACCACGGCCUGGAACCCUUCAACGAGACAAAUGUCCUGCCCGACUUCGGAAGCCCCAUUUGGGUGGAUCGCGUGGCCAUGAAUCUGCGACCCGUGUCCUUCCACAAUGACCUGGCCAAUCCCUCCGUGCACAUGAACACGAUGCACAUCACCCUGCCCGGGGCCACUGCGGAGGAGGUGCAGGACGAGGACGUGUACACGGGCGAGGUGACGUACCUCCAGAAGACCCGGGACGGGACCAAGGAGACCAUCAUCUUCAAGAAGAAGAGGUCGAAGUCUGCUGACAUGUGGCGAGAUGACAGCCUGGAGUUCUCCCUGUCCGACCUCAGCCAGGAGCAGCUGACCAGCACGGAGGAAAUCAUCGACCCGGCCAAUGAGAGAGACUUUACCGACUGUGAAGGCCACCUGCAGGCCAGCCCCACGGACUCCACCGACAGGGCCAACUCCCUGGACGAGCUGUACAGCCAGAAGAGCCCUGCCCGCAGGCUGCCCCACGGCCGCUAUGCCAAGUGGCACGACGCCAACCGGGUUAUCAGGGAGGGAGAGGACGAUAAGAUGCUCUCGCCGUCAGAGGAGGACGGCAGCAGUUACGGCGCGUACACCCUUCCCUGCCGGCGCUCCCACUGCCUGUCCGAAGGCCUGAGCAGCCACCAGGCCGCGAUCUGUGCCAGCAUGCAGGGCAGGAGGGCGAAGACCAUACAGGAUGUCACAGCCGGCGAGGGCAGCGAGUACGAGGACAGCGGGAUCGACGGGGUGACCGUGGAGCCGGAGCACCAGUCCAGACGCUACAAGACCAUGUCGGCCUCCUUCUCCGUGUGCUCGGCCCACGGCAGGGGCAUGUUCGCCGGCAGCGACAGCGGCAGCAGCAGCGGCGGCGGCGGGGCCAGCGAGUGCGUGCAGGGCGUGUACGAGAACUUUCGCCAGGAGCUGGAGAUGAGCUCCUGCCAGACGGAGAGCCUGGAGGAGGCCGGCUCCGCCCUGAGUGACGAGCAGAGCACCAUGAGCUCCGCCUACCAGUCGGACCAGCUGCUGAGCGUCGCCCAGGGGAUGGUGAGGAAGGCCGGCAGGCUCGCCGUCAAGAACUUCCUCGUGCAUAAGAAGAACAAGAAGGUGGAGUCGGCCACACGGCGCAAGUGGAAGAGUUACUGGGUUUCCCUCAAAGGUUGCACGCUGUUCUUCUACGAGACUGACGGUGGGUCAGGCAUCGACAACAACAGUAUCCCCAAGCACGCCAUCUGGGUGGAGAACAGCAUCGUCCAGGCCGUGCCAGAGCAUCCCAAAAAGGACUUUGUGUUCUGUCUCAGCAACUCCCUGGGAGAUGCUUUUCUGUUCCAGACCUGCAGCCAGACGGAGCUGGAGAACUGGAUCACCGCCAUCCACUCGGCCUGUGCCACCGCCGUCGCCCGGCAGCACCACCGGGACGACACGGUGAGGCUCCUUCGCGCCGAGAUGAAGAAGCUGGAGCAGAAGAUCGACAUGGACGAGAAGAUGAAGAAGAUGGGCGACAUGCAGCUGUCGGCCGUCACUGACACCAAGAAGAGAAAGACGAUCCUGGAGCAGAUCUUCCUUUGGGAGCAGAACCUGGAGCAGUUUCACAUGGAUCUGUUCCGCUUCAGGUGCUACCUGGCCAGCCUGCAGGGAGGAGAGCUGCCCAACCCCAAGCGCCUCCUGGCCUUUGCCUCUCGCCCCACCAAGCUGGCAAUGGGCCGACUGGGAAUAUUCUCUGUCUCCUCCUUCCACGCACUGGUGGCAGCGCGCACAGAGACCGGAGUGAGGAGGCGAGCGCAGGCCAUGUCUCGAUCCUGCAGCAAACGCAAGAGCAGAUUCUCCUCGCUCUGGGGUCUGGACACAACCUCCAAGAAGAAGACGAAAGCCCAUCCCACCAUCAACCAGGUCUUUGCUGAUGGCGAGGAGCCCGUGAAACAGCCUGGAGAUGGUAUAUAUGCGGAUCCUGCGAAGGAACACAGAAGAAGUGAGGCGGGAACUGUGAAGAGCCUCCCACGGCCCAGCACAGAGAGCGACAUCUGGGUGCCCGACCACCUCACCCCCUCCUGGGUGUGUCUGCCAAACGACCAGCCUGUGCUCACCAUCAUCCAACCGGGGGAAUCGGCACUGUGUGUCCUGGAAACCAUCUGCAAGGCUCACCAGCUCGAUUCCACCAAGCACUACCUGAGACUCAAGUUCCUCAUCGAAAACAAAGUGCAGUUCUACAUCCCCAAGCCAGAGGAGGACGUGUGCGACCUGCUUUACAAGGAAAUUGAGCUGUGCUCCAAGAUAACAAAAGUGAUCCAGUUUGACAGAGACGAGUCCUGCAUGAUCGGCUACGGUUUCUCCAUUUCAGUGGUGGAGGAGGACGGCGUGCAGCAGCUCUACAUCACCGACGUGAAGGCGGGCGGAUUAGCCUUUGCCAAAGGUCUGAACGCAGGGGAUGAAAUACUUCAGCUGAACGGGAAGGCCUCCCACAGCCUGAACUUCUCCGACAUGAAGGCGGCGUUCUCCCAGGCGUCUCUGGCCCUGACGGUCAACACGCUGCCCUCCGUGGAGCGCCGGCAGCUGUGCUACGUGCCGCCGCGCCGCUCCGACGAGGAGGAGGACCUCUACACCGACAUCUUCUCCCAGAGUCAAGAGGACAUCCUGGACGUGGGGGUGGGUCUGCUGCUGGAGAGCUCAGGGGACAGCCUGGACGACGACUCCGAGAUCUUCAGGGACUUCGAGUGCAGCAAGCACACCAAGCGCUCCGCCGACUCCAUCUAUGACAUGCUGCAUCUGAGCACGGAGCAGGUCGCCGCUUUCUGCCGCAGCCUCCAUGACAUGAAUCCCUCGGAGUGCGUGUCCUCCUCGCCCAGCCCGGAGUCGCCCUUCCCGCCGCCCGCAACUCUCCGGCAGCUCUCCGACGCCGACAAGCUCCGCAAAGUCAUCUGCGAGCUGGUGGAGACCGAGCGGGCCUACGUCAAAGAUCUCAAUUGCCUCAUUGGGAGAUAUUUAACCCCCCUGCAGAAGGAGACCUUCCUCACUCAGGAUGAGUUGGAUGUGCUUUUUGGGAAUUUGCUCGAAAUGGUGGAGUUUCAAGUCGAGUUUCUCAAGACCCUGGAAGAUGGGACCAGAUUGGUUCCAGAUCUGGAGAAGCUGGAGCGAGUGGACCAGUUUAAGAAAAUCCUCUUCUCCCUGGGAGGCUCCUUCCUGUACUAUGCAGACCGUUUCAAGAUCUACAGUGCUUUCUGCGCCAGCCACACCAAAGUCCCGAAGGUCCUCGUAAAGGCCAAAACCGACCAGGAUUUCAAGGCCUUCCUGGAGGAGCGCAACCCCAAGCAGCAGCACUCCUCCACCCUGGAGUCGUAUCUGAUCAAGCCCAUCCAGAGGGUCCUGAAGUACCCGCUGCUGCUGAAGGAGCUCUACUCGCUCACGGACCCGGACAGCGAGGAGCACUACCACCUGGACGUUGCCAUGAAAGCCAUGAACAAAGUGGCCAGCCACAUCAACGAGAUGCAGAAGAUCCACGAGGAGUUCGGAGCCGUGUUCGAUCACCUCAUCACCGAACAGAGCGGCGAAAAGAAAGAGGUUGCUGAUUUGUCGAUGGGGGACCUGUUACUCCACACCAGCGUCGGCUGGCUCAACCCGCCUGCCUCCUCGGGGAAAUGGAAGAAAGAGCCGCAGAUAGCAACAUUUGUGUUCAAAACGGCGGUCGUCUUCGUAUGCAAGGACGGGUCCAAGCAGAAGAAGAAAAUGGGUGGCUCCCAUCGAGCCUCCAUAUCUUCAGAUGAUAAAGACCCGUUCCGAUUCCGUCACAUGAUCCCCACCGACGCCCUUCAAGUCCGAUCCUUGGCCAACACAGACGGCGAAGGCUCUGCCGUGUGUGAGAUCGUCCACACGAGGUCGGAGUCGGAGGGGCGGCCGGAGAGGACGUUUCAGCUGUGCUGCAGCUCUCCUGAGAGUAGAAAAGAUUUCCUGAAAACCGUCCAUUCCAUCCUGAGGGAGAAGCACCGCCGGCAGCUCCUGAAGACGGAGAGUCUACCCCUCAACCAGCAGUACGUGCCCUUCGGCGGGAAGCGUCUCUGUGCCCUGAAGGGAGCACGGCCCGUCAUCAACAGAGCAGCAUCUGCCCCGACCAGGACUCUGGGCCGGAGGAAGCUCGUGCGCAACCGCUUCACCAUCGACACGGACAUCGUGUUUGACGGUGAACCCGAGCCGGACCUCCCCUCUCCAGAGGAGCCUGUCUCCACCCGUCUGCAGGAGGAGGACAAGCCUGAUCCGCAGCAGGUAGCGGGCGACACGGACCGCUGGGUGGAGGAGCAGUUCGACCUCGAGGAGUACGAGGACCAGGAGGAGGUGAAGGAGACGGACAUCUUGAGCGACGACGACGAGCUCGGUCAGACGGCCGGGGCCCCGUCCACCGAGGCCGACCUGGAGCCCCCCGUCAUGGCUCUGUCCUUGGAGGGUGGGGAGGGUGGGGAGGCGGAGGAGAGCAAAGGCCUCAAGUCCCCAACAGCAGGCGAAACGCAUGAUCCUGAGCUGGUCGACGCGGAGAAGCAGGAAGCUGCGUGUGAAGAUGACGAUGAGGAGGAUCUGGAUCAGACGAAGAGGGGUGAGGUCUGGGUGAGAAGGGAUCCGUCCGCUUCAUCCCCCGACUGCGACCUGUGAGAGCUCGACAAGGACGGCCACACAAAAGUGUUUUAUCUGCUUAUCACCAGGCUCCAUACAGAUCAGUCAUCAGUCUUCACCCACAGUGCAUGACGUGCAUUGACGCAUAUCACAAAGCCAGUAGAGGAAACUUGCUUUCUGUACAGGUUAAGAUCACCAGUGGAGCGAUACAGGAACCUGGAGCGGGGGGGGGGGGGACGCGGUCCCAAAGCAAAUGCUGUUACAUAUGAGUGGACGCUUUGAGAGACGAGCUAACGGUACAAUCACGGAGUCUAAUCAGUGGCUUGGAUUGGCAUGGUUUGCACAUUCGGGCGGCAUCCUGUAGUCCUGCCUGCUGUUGCCAAAUUUUGGUAUCGUGAGAACAUUAAUAAUCGUUUUCUGUCCGUGUGACUCAGAGAUAUUAUCUUAGUUAAGGGCUGUGUAUUAUUUGUCCUUAAGGAAAAUUAGAUUUAAUAAUUUUAAAAAGCCUCGUCUUGCACCGUUUACUGUACUUGUACAUUUUCACAUGAAUUAUACACUGACUCGUUUUUUUUGGGGGGGGGGGGGCAGACUUCCAUUUGGUUGUGUAUGGUAUGAUUUCUUUGAUCUCUCUUAUUUUACAGACUUAUCUUUUUUAGCCUGGAAUAUAUUUUGUGUGAUCUCUCUGAUACAUUAAAAUAGUGGCGUCAUGUAAUAGCCCCUGUGUCACAGAGACGAGGGGAUUUUAAUUUGUUUUAACUUAACAUAAUCCUGUUUUACUUGAAUCUGCAUUUGCUGUUUUGUGUUUUUUUUUUUAUUAUUAUUAUUUACUGUGAAACCGUUUUUGACAUGUUUUCCCUCCUUUGGCUCUUCAGUAUUCAAAGAACACUCAACGUCACACACAUUAACAUUUCACGUGCACACUCUGUACAGUAGUGAAUUUGCACAUCCGCCACUUGUGUGUUCAAAAAAGAUCAAAUAUUGUUCACUGGUAAUGAAUUACAAAGCAAUGGAUUUUAUUUAUUCACAUGUAAAUUAAUUUUGUGCGCAGAACGCAAGUAGUGGUUUUAUUUUUUUUUUCUUCUUCACAAAGAAAGUCCAAAUGUGCUCAAGCAAUCAAAGGGGAAGACGUGCAGAAUGCCUAAAGAGAACGAUCUCAUACUUGUAAACAACUCAUUGUGCUACUAAGACUGCAUUUUUAUUACUGUGUGUAUAUAGAAAAAUGUAUUGAUAUCAUAAUAAAUACAGUUGUUUCCUACUUAUA